AUGGAUGUUAGUGUAGACGGUGAGCUGCAAACAAUCGCCUCCUCACAGACAACCAAUCGGCAGCUCUCGCACGCUAGCCCAUUGGAUGUUCUGUCUGUCUGUCUGUGUGCAGUGCCUGAGGAUUUGGGCGAUGGCGAUGCCGCCGGCGAGUUCGGCAUUGCCUGCGUCAAGUCGCUGCUCAAGAUCCGAGGCAUCAAGGAGCUUUGGUUCCAGCCGACCCCCAAUGAGGCCUUCAAGCGGCUGGUGAAUGAGCGGACCAAUGGCGACGCCAUCGAGGGGCUGGAGGGGCGGUAUGCCAUUAGCUGGGGUGGAUAUCAGAAGAACAUGCUCAUCCUGAAACCCCUGGACACCUGACAGACGACCACAGGUACUCAGUGUGUGGCUAUCUUGAAUGGACGGGCUCAUGCAGUGCUGACGAUGUGUGUCUGCCAGGUCGCCCACCCCCUAUACCCAUCGGCCAAUCACUAGUUGAUUGAUGUGUAGCAUAGCUUAGCUGCAG